AUGGCCAGGAUGCAGGAAAGAAUAGAUCGUUUACAACAAGAGCUUCGCGAGAGAGUCGGCGCGGGAAAAGAACCAUCAUGCUCGCUGGUUGCCACCCCCUUUACGGACGACAUCAUGAGUGCCCACUAUCCGCAGGACCUCCAAAUCCCGCUGGCUCACACUUAUUCCGGAAGGCACGACCCGCAAGAGCAUGUCGACAUGUACUAUGGCAACAUGUUGAUGUUGGGAGUAAGCGAUGCAGUCAUUUGUAGAGCUUUCUUCGCUACCUUAGUCGGUAAGGCGGCCGAAUGGUUCAAGGGUUUGGAGCAGGGGUCGAUCAGAAAUUUUGGUCAGUUGGCCGAUAAGUUUGUAAAGCGUUUCGCUGCAAGUAAAUUGAGAAAGAAAUCUUACACUUGCCUGAACAAGGUAAACCAAGCUGUGCGAGAACCGUUGUCUACUUUCCUAUUUAGAUGGGAACGUGAGGUUGAUGAGGUUGAACCGAUGGAGGACCGGGUGGCAAUCCAAGCUUUCCUUGCAUCACUUUGUUCCGGGACGCUCUACUACGACCUCAUAGUUAAUCCCCCCCGAACCUAUGAGGAGGCCAUCACCAGAGCCAAGCAUCAUGCAGAUGCCACCGAAGCUAACAUGGCAAAGAGACGCGAUGAGCAGCCGGUCAAUCGGGACAGAGGCCACGAUCAAAGGAAAAAUAAACCACCGUUCAGACACGUCAAACAAUACAAUCGACCAGAAGAUGUACCACGUUUCACUCCGUUGAACAGACCCCUGGUGGAAGUCUUGCAGUUUGCCGAGCAAUGCAAUUUGAUCCACCCACCGGAGCCGAUACCCGAGGGGGAGGACAAGAGAAAGUAUUGUGCUUUCCACAGAGUCAAGGGACACAAUACUUCGGAGUGCAUGGCCUUGCGCAUGCUCAUUGAACAACUCAUUCAGAAGGGAGAGUUGAGGCAAUUUGUGAUGAAGGAGGAUAGAAAUCAAAGAAAAACGGAAAGGAAUGUGAUGAAAAGGAAUCCCGAAAGGCACGACGAGGCAUUCGUCCCACCCAGGUUAGCUGAUGAGAAGGCGGUCGGAAAGAAACCAGUGAUCCACGUCAUCUACGGGGGCCCUGAAGGAGGCGACUCUUCACGACAAAGGAAGCAAUGGGCGAGAAACUUAUACGUUGGGACGAUUCAUUCGGAACCUCGAGAGAAGAGAAAGCGUACAGAACCAAUACUUUUCACUGACGAUGAUCUACCACUCCAUGGGGAAGCCCAAAAUGAUCCACUCGUCAUCACAUUAGAUGUCAACGGAACGGAUGUCCAGCGGGUGCUGGUUGACACGGGGAGCUCGGUGAACAUCUUAUAUUUUGAUGUCUUUGCUCGAUUGGGUCUGUCCACCGAUCAGUUAACCCCCAUUCGGACCCCGUUGUCGGGUUUCACCGGUGACUCCAUAGAAGCAGAGGGAGUCAUCAGCUUGAAUGUGGAGUUGGGCAGCCAACCAAACAUAUUGAAGACUACCAUGGACUUUGUGGUAGUGAAAUUGAAGUGUGUUCACAACGCCAUACUUGGGCGACCAGGUAUCACUCGCGCAGCUGCUAUUAUAUCCAUGAACCAUUUGUGCAUGAAGUUUCAUACACCCAAUGGGGUUGGAGUGGUUCGAGGAGACCAACGUGCUGCUCGACAGUGCUACGUGCGAGCAGUCAAACAGUCGGACCGGGAGGAAGGCAGGAUUCACACCAUAUCCCAGCAGGUAGACCGCGGAGAAGAGAUAGUGGUCUGGGACUCCCUGCAGACCUACGUGAGGACAUCAUCGGAGUGUUGCAGGAGUACAAAGACGUUUUUGCUUGGGGACCGGAAGACAUGCCCGGGGUUGAUCGGUCUGUCAUUUGCCACCGCUUAUCAAUUCAACCAGGUUCGAAACCAGUCAAGCAAAAGAAAAGGCACCUGUCAAGCGAAAGGAGAGAAUUCGUGA